AUGGACGGCUACCAGAGGAUUGAGAAGAUCGGUGAAGGCACGUACGGAGUUGUGUACAAAGCCAAGGACCUGAACAACCACAAUAGAAUAGUGGCGAUGAAGAAGAUCCGUCUGGAAGCGGAAGACGAGGGAGUCCCCUCCACCGCGAUCCGCGAGAUCUCGCUACUCAAGGAGAUGAACGACCCCAACAUCGUCAAACUACUCAACAUCAUCGCCGAGGGCCACAAGGUCUACCUGGUCUUCGAGUUCUUGGAUCUGGAUCUCAAGAAGUACAUGGAGGCCAUACCGGCGGGGAUGGGACUCGGCGAGGACAUGGUCAAGCGCUUCAUGAACCAGCUGGUCAGCGGUGUCAAGUACUGCCAUUCGCAUCGCAUCCUGCACAGAGAUCUCAAGCCCCAGAAUCUGCUCAUCGACAAGGAGGGGAAUCUGAAGUUGGCGGAUUUCGGUCUGGCGAGGGCGUUUGGUGUGCCGUUGAGGACCUACACUCACGAGGUCGUGACCUUGUGGUACCGUUCCCCCGAGAUCCUGCUGGGCGGAAAGCAGUACAGCACCGGUGUCGACAUGUGGAGUGUCGGCUGCAUCUUUGCCGAGAUGUGCACGCGCAAGGCCCUGUUCCCCGGCGACUCGGAGAUUGACGAGAUCUUCAAGAUCUUCCGACUACUCGGCACCCCCGACGAGACGACGUGGCCCGGCGUGACCUCCUUCCCCGACUACAAGAGCAGCUUUCCACGGUGGGACCGAGUAGACAUCGAGCGGAUGGUACCGAACCUUGAGCCCGCGGGUCUUGACCUUCUCGACGCCAUGCUCGUCUACGACCCUGCCGGCCGCAUAUCCGCCAAGCAAGCCCUCCUCCACGACUACUUCAUGACCGACGAAGGCGAGAUGAUGACGAUCGAGGCCAAGCCAUCGACUAAGCACCGAUAG